AUGUCAAACUCGGACCUUCUGAAGGGCGAGUUCGACCUUUCGAACACUGACAAUUUCAAUAUAAUGCAAUACUUGGGCGCCACUGAAGCUGGUUACGAUACGAACGAGGAGGAUGGUUCAAUGGUCUCUCCGACGUCUUCUGCUGGAAGUAUUCAUCAGAAUCAAGGAGUUCAACAACAAAUGCUUCUGAGACAACAGAAUCAAAAUUUCCCCAACCGACGUCUUCCGGACUCUCCUCCAAUGACGGAUCUCUGCGGCAACGCAUCGUCAACAUCCUCAUCAUCUCAUCACUCGGAUCCAAUGUUCUCUCCAAAUGAAUUCAACGGCUACAAUGGUGCAAACAAUAAUAACAAUCAAUCAAUGAUUCUCGGUGUACACGAUCUCCCACACCAGCAACGUGGAAACCAAAUGAUGGCUUCCCAACAAGCCCUUCAACAACAACAAUCUCGACAACAGCAAUCACAACAGCAAUCACAAGCCUUCUGGAAUCAAACAAGUGCACAACAAACACCGUUACCGCAGUUGGCUCUCUUCAAUAUUCUUCAAGACAGUGGAAUGUCUAGCCCUGUUUUGGAUAUGCCACGGAAAAGAAGUCGGUUGGAUACUCCGUGUGAAACACCAAGAAUUGUGACAAGCUACUCUGGACAAGAUGGAUUCACUGAUGAGAACUACAGUCAACAACAAGCCAUCAGGUUCUCAAAGUUCCAAGAAGACCAAUGGAAUCCACUAUUCGAUGUGAAUGCCCACGUAUUGCAACAACUGCAAGUCCAUGUUGUUGCUGAUAAGGGAUUCAAUUACAGUCAUUCUGACAACUGCUUCGUCAACCAGAAAAAGAAUCACUUCCAGGUGUCUGUCAACGUGGAAGCCUCUGAUGUCAUGCCACCAAAAUACGUGUCAUUCAACGGACGCCUCGUGCCAAUUCGUGAUUUCAAGCUUGCCUUCAGUGGAGUGAAAGCUGAGAUGCCUACUUCUGAAAUCACUAUUCGUCAAUCUCGUGCUGACCGUAAACCACAUCCACACACUCCAGUUCUCUUCGAGAUUCAAGAACGACGAAUGACGAAAGUGUGUGUUCCACGUCUUCAUUUCUCAGAGACAACACUCAACAACCAGAGAAAGAACUAUCGACCGAACCCAGAGCAAAAGUACUUCUUAUUGGUUGUGCGACUCUUUGCCAGCAUUGACGACGAAACGAGUGUUCUCAUUCAAUCGUAUGCUUCUGAGAAAGUCAUCGUCCGAGCGACGAAUCCAGGAAGUUUUGAUCCUCCAGAUUCUGAUGUUGCCUGGCAAAGAAGUGGAGGAACUCUCUAUACUCCAGGACAAGUUGCAAUUGGAACUGAACGUCCAGCAGAUAAUGCUCGUUUGACAGUCACUGGUGAUAUUUAUUGCAGUGGAAGAGUUAUCAAUCCAUCGGAUAUCCGACUCAAAGAAGGAAUUUCCGAGAAAGAAACUGCCGAAGCCAUUGAGAACUUGUUGAAACUUCGUGUUGUUGAUUACCGUUACAAGUCAGAAGUAGCUGAUGUAUGGGGACUCGAUGAGCAACAACGUCAACGAACAGGUCUCAUUGCUCAAGAACUUCAAGCUGUUCUUCCGGAUGCCGUUCGUGAUAUUGGAGACUACUUGACAAUUGAUGAAGGACGAGUAUUCUACGAAACUGUUAUGGCAACUCAACAAUUGUGCAGAAUGACUGGAGAUUUGGAUAACAAGAUUGAUGAGAAAGUUGCUGAAAUCAGCAAGAGACUAUCAGAGUAUGCAAUCCGCAAGAAGCUCGCAAGUUCAAUGGGAUCCAAUCUAAAUGGAGACAACAAAAGUCUCUCGUUUUCAAGAUGUUCUCUCACAUCAACAGCCACCAAUGCCACGUCACAAGUGAACAAAAGAAGAAGUCGAAAGAAUAAGAUCAUCAAGCAAGCACGAUCAUGUGGAAGUCGAAUCAGUCAAGGAACUGUUGUCACCUUGGUUUCCAUAAUGGCUAUGUGUCUUCUAGCAAUGUCUGCACUUUAUAUUCUUGAUUGGCAUAACAGAAACUACGGAUAUCAUCAACAUCGUGAACACGGUCCAAAACCAGAUAUGGCUAAUCUCGUUAUUCCUUCUAUUGAUAUGCAGCCCAGCGCAUUGGUAAUACUUGAAAAAUGCUUCACUCCCACUUGUAAAACGUAUUGUUGUACGGACGAUCCGCCUGAAGUAGUAGACACUGGAGCCAUCGAAACACAUGGCCUACAGAAUGAUGUGAAAGUCCCCGCAGAACAAUCAGCAGUCAACAAAACGAAUGCCCUUGCAAGGAGUCAACUGUUGAAUCCAAUCUCAUUUGGAACUGGAGUUGAAAUCAAGAUUCCCAUGCUCAAUAUUACAAUUGAUCAACGCUAUUGCUAUAUGAGAAGUUGCAACAAGAAACGAGGAGUAUACAAUCUCUACAUUCCAGUCUCAAAAUAUAUGCCUGAUGGUGGAAUUGAAAUCGAGAUCAACACUCCAAUGUCCAAAGUAAUUGGUAACUGUGGAGCUCUUCCAAGCGCAGAGUUCGUUCCUAAAGAGUGCACAAUUAACAAACGACAACAAAGCAAAUCUCCAACUUCAAUAAGACUAUUCGAUAAUCUUUUCGAAAUCAAUAUGGGUUCCUUCAUUCAAUCCGCCUACCGUUUCCGAGUUGGUUACUCCACUGAGUCUUGUUUCACUGAUGAAACAAAUGGAAUGUAUGAGGAAUAUAAUUUGAUAUUCUAUCGCACCUGUAAGUACAAUCAUCUCUUUUUGGAAUUCUAG